AGUCAAUGUCUUUCUAUUACAAAUGCAGAUUGGUUGAAAACACAAACAAACCAACCUCACUCUCCUUCUACACACCUUUUCUUCCAAUUUUUCUUUUCUCUCUCAAUUGCAAACAGCAACAACAACAGUCACUGUUUGUUGAACCAAAACAAUGGAGAACAUAGUUUCCAUACUUGAUCACGUGCCUGUGGGAUUCAGGUUCCGUCCCACAGAUGAGGAACUUGUCAACUAUUACCUCAAACACAAGUUGCUCGGUGAUGAUUUCUCUGUUCAGGUCAUUCCAGAGAUCGACCUUUGCAGAGUGGAACCUUGGGACGUGCCAGCAAAAUCAGUGAUAAAAUCCGAUGACCCAGAAUGGUUUUUCUUCAGUUCUGUGGAUUACAAGUACUCCAAUAGUAAAAGGGUCAAUAGGACCACCGAACAUGGUUUCUGGAAAGCCACUGGAAAUGACCGUAAAAUUAGGAUUGGUGGCACUAACAAUGUCAUUGGGACAAAGAAGACUCUUGUUUUUCACGAAGGCCGUGUUCCUCGUGGUGCCAAAACCAACUGGGUUAUUCAUGAAUAUCAUGCUCUUACCUCCCAUGAAAGCCAGAAGACUUUCGUUUUAUGCCGCUUGAUGAAGAAAUUUGAGAAAAAAAAUGAAGGGGGAAUUGAGGCACCAAACCUUCCUGACUAUGGAAAUCCGGUACCAGCUGAAGAAAUUCCAUCUGUAGUAAAUGUUUCACCUAGAGUGAUUGUGGAUCCAAUCUCUUCGGAUGAUAUUUUCUUCCCCCCAGUAGAACAAUCUGCAGUUGGUAUUGAACUGGAAGAAAUUUUCCGAAACCCCUCAUUGCUCGAUGCUUGUUUUGGAAAUGAAAGCUCCAAUGCGGCGCAAAUUCCAUUUCGAGAUACUGAUGAUGAAGAUGACUUCGUAAAUUCAAUAUGGGUCGAUGAUGAAGAGCUUGUGAUCAAUGAAGAAAGAAGACACUGUUUUGUCAAUUCUUCCACCCAACCAAAGUCAUUGAGAAGGGUAUACAAUGCAAGCACUGGCACAGAUGCUGAACUUGUCUCUAAUCUGCAUGCCAACAUUUGUUCUGGUGAAUACUCUGGCAUGAGUAGUAUAGAUUCUAAUCAUGAAGCACACAAAGAAAAAAAGGAGAGUAUCAUUCAAGAUGAUUUCUGGGCAGUGGAGACAUCCUCUUGUGACUCAACUGCAGAUGAACCUAUUGAAAUUUCUAGUUCUUCCUCCACUCGAACAAGAUUGGAAAAUCGGUGUAAUCCAAGACCAGACAACUUCAUAUUACAAAAAACUGUUGCAGGAAGACCACAAACACAAAAGAAGGUUUCAAACAAUGCAGUAUCCCAUGUUGAGACUAGGAGGGAAUUGGUGACUGUGAAAUCAGAGAAAGAUGAGAAAAAGGCUCAAAAUUCUAGUUCAAGAGAGAUCCUCAAAAUCAGAAGCCAUCAAUCCUCUGAUGUCAAUAGCAAAGGUUCUUUCUUUCACAUGGAAACGACUUCAUCAAACCAAAACCUAUUUCCACGUUCUGUAUAUCUUGUCAAUGUUGUCAUAGGGAUUGUGUUGUUAAUAGUCAUUAGUUGUGAUGUAUUAUUAUGUUAGAACAUAGAAGUACAGUUAGUAGUCUUGUCUGAACUUAUUUUCUUUCUUAUCUUCUUCAUGAACUAAAAAUAGAAAGCCAUUUACACAGAUUGUGAGAUUCUGCACCCAUUCACACGCCCCUCAAAAGGUCAAGGAUAGAAGAACAAUUGAGUAGCUAACAUUAAAUAGUUAAGUUAGUAGUUGGAAGUUAGCAUGAUCCUGUUCAAAACCUUGGAAAGUGUAUCAAACUUUGCAAUGAUGUUUGUGCUCAGUGGUGGGGAGCAUAACAAACUACUAAAAGAAAGAAAAAAAAUGCAUAGAAACUGUUUUAUUUUUGUUCAUUGAAAUGGUGGGCCAAGGAAGAAACUUGGGGAUCAAGGAGACUAAAACACUGAAUCUAUAUUUCAUCUACAAUCACACAAAUAAAGAGAUUGAUUUGAAAGGAAA